ACACUAAAAGUAGAUGUAACGGUAAAUAUCGUGUGUCAUCUUAUGAAAUUUAAAUAAUUUUUUUUAGUAUUUUUAAAUUAAAUAAAUUUUUAAAAGCUAAAUAAUUAAUUUUUUGUUUUUUAUUAUGAUUAUAAUUAGACACGUUUGUGUGUGUAUAUAGACAUUUCAUUUUCAUCGUUCCUCUUGUUUUGUAUAUAACAACAUUAAACAAUAUUAAAGCAACGACUGUUGCUCGUGUUACUUCGUAAUAUGUGACGACGGCGCGGGUAAUAUCUCAAAUUCAUGCAUACUUCAGCGCCAAAUGAUCACAACAUAAGCGCAUGUAACGAAGACCCGCAAAUAUACUCGUUUAUAAAUUAAAGCUAAAUAAUGUGAAAUGUGUGUCUGUGAUUUUAAUUGUUUUAAUUGUGUAUUAUAUUUAUUGUGAUAUAUUCAUUAAAUAUAUUUUCAUUUUUAUGAUUAAAAAAAUUUAUAAAUAUAUUCUAAUUAAAUUUACAUAUUCAUCAUUGAUCGUGAUUAAAUACUGAUGAUAAAUUUCAAUUCAAUAUAAAUUUUUUAAAUUGAAAUUAAUAAUAAAUUCUUGAAGCUUCUUUUUUUCUUUUUUUUUUAAAUUAAAUUAGUUGUUGGACAAUCGUUUGGUCCAUUUCGAUUUGUCUUUCUAUAUAAAUCGUUGUCCCUUGUGUUGAGAUAAACUGUCAAUUGGUAAAUUUUCAUGAUGACAUAUUGUGAUCAUUUCUACACAUAGUAAAACUGUUUUUAUUAUUUUUUAUAUUGUCAUUAAACGACAAUUGUAUGAGCUGUUAAUCGUCGUAGUAUUUAUUUUAUUUAAACGUAUAUAUAUUUAUAAAGAUUUGUUUUCUUGAUUAUUUUUAAUUUUUAAAUAAUUAAAAGAGAUAAGUAAUUAAUAAAAAUAUAUAGUGAAUUGAGUUGAGUGUAUAAAGUGGAUUAUAUAAAUAAAUAAAAUGGAGGAAUCAGGAAUUGAUAUGGGAUUUGAUUUGGCAGCUCUUACUGGUGAAAAUCUUGAUGUUGAUAAUAAUGAUUUUGAUCAGGCAUUAUCAAUGCUCUCAACAUCACAAGAUUUUAUGUAUUAUGAAAUUAAAAGUCGUGCACCAGAUACAUGCAGUCCUCCAACAUUUAAGACAGCAACACCAACAUCAAGGACACAGCUGAAGCUUCAGUUGAUGCGAGAACAACUCCAAGAGCAAGAAAGAAGAGAAGCGGAAUUCCGUCAAAGCUUGCAACAACAUAGACCAGCAGCAGCAGAACCAAGACCUGUACCACCCACACAACUUCCAACAAUCGGCGUUGACGUUCCACCCCAAGUACUUCAAGUUAGAACACUUUUGGAAAAUCCAACACGUUAUCAUGUUGUUCAAAAACAAAAAAAUCAAGUUAGACAAUAUCUUCAUGAAUCAAUCAAGGGAGUUGAUGAUGAUGGUGAUACAAAUAAAGGAAUUAUUGAUUCAAGUUAUGGAAGUGAGGGUGUUGGUAGCUGUACAACAACAACAACACUUGAAACAAAUAAUUUACAAAUACCAAUGAUGGUACAAAGUGCACCAACAGGACCACAAACUCAUCAACUUAGAACAAAUCAUCAACAACAUAUUGCUACAUAUCCAUAUGCUGCACAAUUAUUACCAAAUUUUUUGGACACAGAAUCAUUCAAUGGUGCCAUGUCACCUGGACUUUCCAGUAUUGCAACAAGUAAUGAUGAUGCGGAAGAUUUGAUAGAAGAUUUUCUGUCAUUUGAAGCAGAAUCAUUGGGUGAUGGACUGAAAGACAGCCAGGGUAGUAUUUCAGGUCAUUCUGAUCUUCAAAUUAAACAUGAGCAACUACUUUUAACUGACUCCGAGGUCAAUGCACUUGCCAAAGAUCGUCAAAAAAAAGAUAAUCAUAACAUGAUUGAAAGAAGACGAAGGUUUAAUAUCAACGACCGCAUCAAGGAACUCGGUACAUUAUUACCUAAAAUAAACGAUCCAUAUUAUGAUAUUGUUAGAGACGUCAGACCGAAUAAAGGAACAAUAUUAAAAUCAUCAGUAGAAUAUAUAAAACGUUUAAAAAAUGAGGUCACAAGACUUAAACAAAAUGAGUCAAAAACAAAACAGCUUGAAUAUCAAAAUGAAAGAUUACGUAGACGUGUUGAAGAACUUGAAGGACGAUCAAUACAAUAUCGUUGUUUAAUUCCAACUUCAAAUGAACCAACUUCAUCGGCUGAUUUAAUUGGCCUCUUUUCUAGAACUAAACGUGAUCGAAGAAAGAUGCCAGAAAUGAUAACUGACGAUACAUCUGUACUGAAUAUGGCACAUUUUGAAGAUUUAAUGGAAGAUGAUACAUGUGGUCCAGUUCAUGGUGGUGAUCCAAUGUUGUCAUCACCACAUUUACCACCAUUGAGCCCACCAGCACCAGUAUGUCAUCAUCCAUUACCAGAUGAAGAUACCCUUGGUAGUUUAGCACCAACUAGCUCAAAUUGUUCAUCUGACAUGGACAUUGUUGCGUAGCCAUAAGCCACAAUAUUAUAUUGAUUAUGAAAUAUUUAUAUCAUAUUGAUUAUUUAUUUUUUAAAUAGUACCAAUAGUAUAUUAUUCAUCAAAAAUCAUCUCAUAAUAAUAUUUUAAAAAGCUCGUAAAAUAGAUUUUUUUUGCUGUUAUAUUUUUAAUGUAGAUUAUUGUUUUUUGUUUUUUUUUUUUCAUUUUAAUAUUGUUACGUAUUUUUUUAAAUUAUCAGUUUAUUGAUUGAUGCUUGUACCAUAUGUGAAUAUAGAGAAUGAUCGAUUGAGAUCUGAAUGAGACGAGAUAAGAGUGAAUGGACAUCAAGAGUUGCUGUUGAGAAUUCAACUGUGUGUUGAUUGAAGUUUAACAGUAUGGCGAAAAUU